AUGCCUCCCACCAUCACCCCUCUCCCAAAACCUCUCCAUCCCGCGAUCCCUCCCCUUCACCAACCCCCUCACAUCAAACGGAUCAACAACAGUCACCCAAAACGCCCUCGGAUCCUUCCAACCCGGCCCUUCCACCUCGGUGACCCCGUCCGGGGCAAGGUACAUCGUAUACCGCUCUGGCAAAUACCGCCUCGGAUGCCUGACAUUAAACAUGCAGACGUUGGCCAGCAUCAGGCUCGCCUCGAAGACGUAAAAGAACCACUCGUAGCGUACCGCGGGGGGCACAUCGCCCUCUUUCGUCUGCGCGUCGAACCGGACCCGAGCGAGGCUGAAGUAUUCUACGACGCGGAACAACGUCCUCGCGGAGAUGAGCACGACGCUGAUGUAGAGCGUCACCAUCGGGCCCUUUACGCCGCGUACGGACGCUACGCCGGCGGCGACGCACCGCCGGUGGAAGACGACGGCGAGAGCUGUGAAGGAGGCGAGGACGAAGAUUUGGAGGAGCAGGCUUGUCUUGAUGAGGGCGUGGCCUGUUUCUAG